AUGGCAUUAUGGUGAAACCAGUCUUCCACAGAUGGCUUCAUUCUCUUGGGCAUCUUCUCGCACAGUCCAACUGAUUUUGUCCUCUUCUCUGCAAUUAUGGUGGUCUUCACAGUGGCCCUCUGUGGGAAUGUCCUCCUCAUCUGCCUCAUCAGCACAGAUCUUCGGCUUCACACACCCAUGUACUUCUUCCUCAGUCAGCUCUCCCUCAUGGACCUCAUGCUGGUCUGUACCAUUGUGCCAAAGAUGGCAGCCAACUUCCUGUCUGGUAGGAAGUCCAUCUCCUUUGUGGGUUGUGGCAUACAAAUUGGCCUCUUCGUCUCUUUCAUAGGAUCUGAGGGACUCUUGCUGGGACUCAUGGCUUAUGAUCGCUAUGUGGCCAUUAGCCACCCACUUCACUAUCCCGUCCUCAUGAGCCAGAAGGUCUGUUUUCAGAUUGCUGGGAGCUCCUGGGGCUUUGGGAUAAUAGAUGGAAUGAUUCAGAUGGCGGCAGCCAUGAGCUUACCCUACUGUGGCUCAAAGAAUGUGGACCACUUCUUCUGUGAGGUGCCAGCUUUAUUGAAGCUGGCCUGUGCAGACACUUCUCUUUUCGACACCCUGCUCUUUGCUUGCUGUGUCUUCAUGCUGCUCCUUCCCUUCUCCAUUAUCAUGGCCUCCUAUGCUCGCAUCCUGGGGACUGUGCUCCAAAUUCACUCUGCUCAGGCACGUAAAAAGGCUCUGGCCACCUGUUCCUCCCACCUGACAGCUGUCUCCCUCUUUUUUGGGGCAGCCAUGUUCAUCUACCUGAGGCCCAGGCACUACUGGGCCCCCAGCCAUGACAAGGUAGUUUCUGUCUUCUACACAGUCCUUACACCUAUGCUCAACCCCCUCAUUUACAGCUUAAGGAACCAGGAUGUGAUGGGGGCACUGAGGAAGGGGCUGGACCACUGCAAGAUUGGUAGCCAGCACUGA